GGAGGCCAAAGGACACUUCUUUCAACAUGUCAAGCAUUCAGCAAAUUUCAGCUCAACGCGACAGCUUAAAAGCCGAGAUAAAUUCAGCACAACCUAAUCUUGCAAAAUGUGCCCAGAUGCUCACACAGUUGAAGAUUGGACUUACCGAAAUAGGCGCCUACGUACCUCAAGGAAGCCAAGUAGACCCACAAGCGCUAGUUCUUGCACGUGACAUCCUUGAGAUGGGAGCUUACUAUAGCGUUCGAGUGAAGGAUAUUGAUGCUUUCGUCCGAUACAUCUCGCAACUCAGCACAUUCUAUUAUGACUAUGCGUCUGUUUUACCGCCAUCAGAGCAAAUGUACCCGUUAACCGGCCUAAACCUUUUGCGAUUGCUAUCUCAAAAUCGAUUAUCAGAAUUCCACACAGCACUUGAGGUUAUAGAUCCUGAGCAACUUCACAAUAACUCUUAUAUCAAGCACGCAGUUGAUUUAGAACAAUUCCUCAUGGAGGGUAGCUACAACAAGGUGUGGGGCAGCAGAAGCAAGGUUAAGGGAGAAGAGUUUCUCUUCUUUUACAACAUUCUCAUAGAUACCAUUAGACAUGAGAUAGCUAAUUGUAGUGAGAAGGCAUAUGAAGCUCUGCCAGUUCAGGACGCAGCGACUCUUCUUUUCAUGAAGAACAUGGAAGAUGUUCUCAACUUCGCUCAAGAACGAAACUGGAAAGUGAACCCAGCUGAGCAGAAGAUUUAUUUUACCAACACGGAUGAUGAAGUGACUGUAAUACCACAAGAGCAGAUCAUAAAGCAGACACUCACGUAUGCUAGAGAACUUGAACGUAUUGUAUAAAUGAAAGCCCUCACAUGAUAAUAAAAAAGUCAAAAAGCAAGCAACCACGUCAAUGAUUCUAUAUUGGGUGGCAGGAAGCCCUAACCCACUAGACGUUCAAACCCAAUUUUUUUUAUCGUUUG